AUGGGUUUGGAAUUCAUUGUCGGGCGUCCGCAGACUGCUGACCACAUGGUACACGAUCCCCCUCCCAUUGGGGGCCACACACUGGUGGAAUGCCGGCCAAGUCCUGACGAUUCAUCCAGCGUAUGGUCGGCUUUAAUGAAUGUGGACCUAGAGAGGUCGGAGAAGUCUGAGUGCUCCCUCUUAUCGGGUGGUUUCCCGGAACGUGACGUCAUAUUUGCUGGCUUGGGGCCAGAACACCGAGACCGAGAAAUGAAACUCUCUCUCUGGGAGGAAAUCACCACAAACCUCGUGAUGGAGUUUCGUUUCUGUGACUUGGGAUCAGCCGGCCGGGAGUAUAAAAGAGUCGGAGCUCCGACCCGAGCCCAGAGAGAGAGGAGUCGCAUCGCCGGGACCGCGAUCCCUACACACAGACCGAGGCGGACAUGUUUAUUGCCGGUAUAUCCGGAUCUGGGGGAUCGCUUUGGCAUGCCGUGCCCCUUUGUUCUGCGGAUCGCUUUGGCAUGCCGUGAUCCAGUUCUGGGUGAUCUCCUCUUCGCACCCCAGGUUUUCCUCAUUCCUAGUUCCAUCGCUCCGUCCCUGCACCAGUCCAGACCGAACCCGAAUUCCCCCGAGCGCGGAAAUUUCUUCCAGAGAGCUCCGCCCUUCCUCAUCCAGCUGCAGAAUAUUCUGCGGAAAUACCCGGACGGAGGACAGAUCCUUAAAGAACUGAUUCAGAACGCGGACGAUGCCAAAGCCACGGAAGUCAUCUUUGCUUACGAUGAAAGACAAUAUGGGACGGAGAGCUUGCACUCCGAGGACCUCCAUAUCGUCCAAGGCCCGGCUCUUCUGGCCUACAACAACGAGAUCUUCAGCGACCAAGAUUGGGACGGGAUCCAGAGACCUGGAAACAGCGUCAAGCGCAAAGAUCCCGACACCGUUGGAAGAUUUGGACUCGGGUUCAACUCCGUCUACCACAUUACAGAUUUCCCGGCAAUCUUCAGCGGCACAAACAUCGGGUUUCUGGAUCCGCAGGAAGAGAUUUUUCACAGAGGAGGACGUCGGUGGAACUUGGAGAAAGGAAGAGAAGAUGUAGACAGACUUUCAGACCAGUUCCAGCCUUUCCAGGAAGCCCUGGAGGCUCUCGGCCUAGGCGACUGGGAGGAGAUUCUGGACUCUGGCCACUUCAAUGGGACUCUCUUCCGCUUCCCUCUUCGCCUUGACCCUUCCGAAAUUUCCGAGAACAUUUACGACUCUGGGAGGGUUCAGGAGCUCUUUGAGUCUUUCAUCAGGGACGCGAGCAUCAGCCUCCUCUUCCUGCGCCAUGUUACUAGAGUAUCUCUCAAGAAUAUUGACAGCGUUGGAGCGUUGACCACUCUGCUUACUGUUGAAGUGUCCACUGAGGAGACAUUUGGGAGCGAGUCAGCUGACCUUGACAUCAAGACCCACAUUAAAGUUACUUCUCUGAACCGUUUUGGAGGAGAACAAGAAGACAGCAAGUGGUUGGUGACUUCUACCACCAUUCAAGGAAACAUGUUUCCGGAAUUGACAGAGCUGAGCAACAAGCUCUGCAACAAACCCGCGCUCGACUUAGCCUAUCCCUUAUCUGAGGCUUGCAUGGACUUGUAUGGCGGCCGCUUGAGUUGCGUCUUGCCCCUUCCGGACAAGGAGGAGAACAGGACGGGCCUACCGUUGGUCAUCAAUGGUUGUUUUGACCUCACCGAUGACAGGAGAAGCCUGAAGUGGCCAGAAGUAGACCAGCAACACGACGAGGCUGCCAAGUGGAACCAUAUUCUGGUGGAACAAGUCCUGCCUCUAUUGUACACACAUGCGGUCCGUAAUACGGUGUCUUUGGUCAAGUCGUCAAAAAUUUCGGCAGAUGUGACCUACAGCAUCUGGCCAGACCCAGAAAAGACUCAACACAAACGUGUAUGGCAUAAUCUCACAAGACAAAUGGCAGAAAGCCUGGUGAAGGAAAGAGUGUUCCAGAUGGUUGACCAAUCCCGAUGGAUAACGGCCUCCGAAGCCGUUUUCCUACUGGAAAGGGAUUUGGAAGACUCAAAAAUCCGUGCGUGCUUGGAGAAGGUGCUCCUGCUGUUGGGGGUUACACUUGUGAAGGUCCCCAGACAUGUCUAUUCGACUCUCCAACUAGCCGCAGAGCUGAAGAGCGUUUCUCCUUCGCUGGUGAGGCAGUCCUUGCGCAAAGACGGCUGGCACGGGGUCCCGCGUGAAAACAAAAUGGCGCUCCUGAAGUAUGCCAUCAGCGAUGGACGUUACCAGGAGCUACUCAACCUUCAGCUGUUGCCAUUAGCCAAUGGAGAAUUCACAAGCUUCCAGAACACGGAGUCGAGUGCCAUGGUCUACAUUGACAGCAGAGACUUUCCAAGAAUUCUAUUGCCUGGACUGGCCCACCGAUUUAUUCCUGAAGAUCUGACGGACGAUCUGCGUCUGUUCUUCACAAACGUUGGAAAAGCAAAAACAUUCCGGAAUCUUGCGUACCUAAACGAGGAGUUGGUUCUCAGAAGACUACACGAAGCUCUUCCUCAGAGGUGGAGAGAUCAUCCUGACCUAGUCACCUGGAACCCACAAGAACGGGACAGUCCGCCAGUACGAUGGAUAACCAGCCUCUGGACCUUCCUCCAACGGUAUCCCACUCUGGAUCUCUUCGAAGACCAUCCGAUCGUGCCAAUAAAUCCAGUGACCGACAGCUCCUCGAACGUCAAACUCGCGCGGCUGAAAAAGAAAACAACUUUGCUUCUACAGAGCCAAGACAGGACCGUCUUGGCUGACUGCACCUCUAAGAUACUGGAGAAAGCCGGCUGCACCAUCAUACGGGACAAGAACUCUUGGUUGUGGCACAAAAACCUGGACGUGUACCUUUUAGCGCCGACGCCAAAUAAUAUUCUGAGAACUUUGGGACAUUUAAAUUCGAGUCAGAUUACAAAAGCAUUGACAAAUGCCCCCAAGGCGCACAUCAAGCUGUUUUGUGAAGUCCUUUCCCAAGCCUACUCCUUAACAUCUUCAGAACUGCAAAUUUUACACAAACUGCCAAUUUUCUGCAGUGCCCCUUGUGUCACUGCCCCAUCCUCCAAACUGGUGGCGGCCGGACACUUAGCAGCAGUAGCCAAUGACGCGUUCCCAGCUGUCCCGGACAGCCUGAUGUUCCCGGAUGUGGUAAUAAAAUGCAGAGAUGCGUCAGACCGGAGGCUUCUCCAACUAAUGCAAAUCGGACUGCUCGGUGCCACAGAUAUGGCUUUACUAAUAGCAAAAGCCGUCCCAAACGGCACCUACAGUGCUCACCCAGCCGAAAUUGAGAGGGCAAUGUUGUGGAUUUUGAGAAAUGGACAUGUGCUGUUUAGUCAGAAUGGCCAGCUGAAGAACAUCUGCUGUACCCUUUCCUUCCUGCCUUGCAACGGUAGCCUCAAACAAGCCUCUGCUCUCUUUGAUCCCAACGUAGACAUUCUGAAAGAGCUGUUUGAAGCACACAAAUUUCCCCCUUCGAACUACCGGGAAGAUUUGGUUUUAGAAUCGCUGAAACAAUUGGGGAUGAAGGACUCUAUCCACAAGAUCACAGCUGAUGAUGUUUUACAGAUUGCCGAGACCUUAAGUCGCAAUGCGGGCCACAUGUCCUCCCCAAGAAAGGCCCAAGCGCUCAUAAGGGUUUGCAAUGAAACGACGGUUUUAGCUCAGUUUACUCCACAGAACUUGAAGAGGCUCCGCAGCCUUUCCUGGGUGCCGUCUAAAAUUCACGAUUCACCCAUGGCUUUUGGCAAACCGGAAAACCUUCGGGACUUUACCUACUGUGACAUAGUGGAACACGCAAUGCCUUUAACAAAUGACUUUAAAAAACAGGCAAGUGACUUCCUUGGGUUAAGCCAAUCACCGCCUCCCGGAAAAGUGAUUGAAAGCCUCAAAGUCCUCGGUGAAAAAUAUUCUCGGGUGGAUCCGUACUCUCUUGAAGGGAAACUUCAUAAGACUUACAAGUAUAUACAAGAUCACCUUCACCUGUUUCCCGAUAAUCUUCUCUCCCAAGUCAUUGUUUGGACUGGAGAUGGUUUUUCUCGUCCAGAUGAAAUCUUCCUGGCUUAUCCCGAAGGUUUGGAUUUAAGCUCCUUCACUAAAAAAGUCCCACCCGCUUACCUGACUUACCAAAAUCUCUUCUCCAAGUGCGGGGUACAGAAAACCUUAUCAAGCGAAGACGUCGUCAACGUACUCUAUGUGUUAAAACGGCGCUUGGGUGAUGCCCGUUCUGACUUUGACACUUCCAAAGACCUGAAGCUUGCAGUAUUAAUCUUGGACUGGAUGAAAACAAACUCCGUACACGGAACAGAUGACCUUCCUAUACCAGUCCAGUCCAAAAACAAUGAGUUUGGUCUGGAGGCACUGUCGAAAACUCUGUUUUGCGACAUUGAUAAGCAGAGUUUGGCCGGUGCCUUUGAUACAAACUGUUUUAUUGUACAUGAUGAGGUUUCUAUGGCAACAGCAAAGUUCCUCAACAUCCAACUUCUGAGCACCAAGGUCUUGAAGCCAGAGUUCUUCGAACCCUGGGGCCCCAUUGAACCAGUGACUCUUCGCAUUAAAAACAUCCUUCGAGAAUACAGCGAGCACUCUGAAGUUUUUAAAGAGUUUUUACAGAAUGCGGAUGAUGCAGACGCAACGGUUUGCAAAUUCUUAGUGGACAGGAGAGAAAAUUUGGACUCUCGACAAACCCUAAUAGAUCCCGGCAUGGCCAGCUCUCAUGGGCCGGCGCUGUGGUCUUAUAACAAUAGGAAAUUCACAGAUAAGGAUUUCGUCAACAUUACCCGCAUUGGAGCAGCCACUAAGGAAACUCAGGCGCAAAAGAUCGGAAAAUUCGGCUUGGGUUUUAAUACCGUGUACCACAUUACCGAUGUGCCGGCAAUUAUGAGCAGAUCCACUAUAAUCAUAUUUGACCCGAAUGUGAAUCACUUGCAGAAACACAUUCCGAGCAAUAACCCAGGAAUGAAGUUGGAUCUCCAAAAGAAUCCAGAACCCCUUCGUACUUUUCCUGGCCAGUUCCAGCCUUUCAUUGGCGUGUUCAAUUGCAGCUUUGCCCAACCCUUUGACUUUGAUGGGACUCUCAUUCGCUUACCAUUCAGGACCGAAGAAGAAGCAAACAAAUCAAAGAUCUGUCAGAAAGCAUUCGACGAGGAAGAGAUCAACAUGCUCGUGAGUGAUUUCGAGAACUUUGCCGAUAUUCUCCUCAUUUUCAUAAAGAAUGUCAAAGAAGUGGAAUUAAAUUGUCUAGACAAUGGAGCUAAGCCUGAAGAUCAGUUAACCAAAGUGCACCUUCGGAAAGAAGUCCUUGAAAGUCUAACUGUGCCUCCAACUGUUCUCUUACAAAAGGAGCAAAUAAACGCCUCUAAAAUUCUAAACCUACCCAUGGAAACCUCCGAUAUCACCACAUCCAAAAUCAUCAAAAUAUGUGUACGGAAAGCAGUGGCAGAUGAUGACAAAUACUACCUAGUACAAUCAAGCCUCGGAGUCAAAGACUCAUUCCAGAUGUUCAAGCAAGAUGCAAAUAUCUUUUCUUAUCCGAUUUCAGGACUUGCCAUUCCUCUGAAGAAAAAUCACAGCAGCGGAAAAUGGUCGCCAGAUUUAGAAGACUUCAAGGGGAUGGUGUUCUGUUUCCUCCCUCUCCCCGUGUCCUCUGGACUUCCUUUCCACAUAAAUGCAAGUUUUGCUGUCAUGUCCAAUCGGAAAAGCCUGUGGGACACCACUGUCAAGGGUGACUGGAAUAAGAAGCUGCUCUCUGAUGCUUUACUGGCCGCUGUUAUCACUGCGCUCUCCCAGUUGCAAAUACUACAUCAAAAUGGGGACUUGCAGGACUACUGCUACUACACGUUCUGGCCAGACAUCGGUAAAGUCAACACAUUCUUCACAGGCGCUGUGAAAAGCUUCUACCAGGCAAUAACCUUUGGGUUUGGGAAUUUACUGCCCGCUCUCUUUAGCAACGGCCAGGAAUGGUGCACCAUAAAACACGCCUGCUUUCUCGAACUAGAAGGCUUCCAAAACAAAGCCAUUGAAAGUCUUGCCAAGAUGGUGUUUUCCUCCGUUCUGGAAAAACCCUAUUUGGCAGUAAUCCUCCCACAGUGGGUGAGAGAAAGUUUCAGCGCGUGCGGAUGCCUCGUGGAGCUUCAGAAGAAUUUUUACAACACUGAAAGGUUCUACAGCGAGAUCCUCCUUGAAAAUCUGGAUGCCAUACAUGCAAAAGACAGAGAUAAGUUAGUGCUUUAUGCCAUUGAUCUACAAAAUAAAAAGCUGGACAGCAUACUGAAAUCCAAACCUUGCAUUCCAUCAUCCAACGGGAAGUUGCAGCUCAUCAAAAAACUAAUCCACCCAAUGGGAAAAGCGUCAGUACUGUAUGAUCCUGAAGAAGGGUGUUUUCCUGCAGGAGAUGAAUUUCUUAAACCGGAAAGACUGGCACGUUUACAGACCUUAGGGAUGUUGAAGGACAGAUUGCCCAUUGCAGAACUCAUGGCAAGAGCCGGUAGGAUAAAAGAUAUCUGGAGUCUUGACAGGACCAAAGCGCUGAAACAAAUCUGCUGCAUUUUGGAAUUGUUGAAUGACCUACUGCAACAAGAACCUGAGGCUGCCCAUUGUGGAGAACUGAGGGACGCCAUAUUUCUUCCUGUAAUACCAGCUCUAAAUAAUUGUGCCUCCUCAGAAAAUCUGACCGUAAUGAACUCAAAAGGAAUUUAUCAUUACCAGCACAAAGCACUUGUCUGCCUGGUGAAACCAGUGCUCAGCAAAGAACAUUUGGGAAAUGUCAAACUGUCCGAGCCAUUGCUGUCCUUCUUGGGCCUUCAUCAGCCUCCCUCCUUCCCGAUUGUCUUAUCUCAACUGGAGGAAGCUUGCAAAGCACCAAACCUGUUAAACCAGGAAGAAAUGUCUGAGGUUGCUAAAAGAUGCUACAAGUUUUUGAAUGCAGAGAUCCCAAAACAGCCGGAUCAUGCUGCCCAAAUAAAGGAGAAAGCCUCUAGCAUGCCCUUUGUCUAUGCUGAUGAGGAAUUUGUCCCGCUGAACGUGGUUGCAAAGAAGAUCCCUUUUGAUGCGCUUCCUUAUUUGCAUAAACUUCCGAAAGUUUACGAAGCCUUUGAUAAACUCUGGGCUUGCGUCGGACUACGUGAUGAAUUUUCCACCGAAGAUUACUUCUCUGUUUUGAAACAGAUGGCUUUGAAGAACAGAGAAACGCCCCUUUCAGCAAAUGAAUUCAAACUGGCAUUACACUUAAUCAACAACAGCUUGGAAAAACUGACAAUGCUAAAUGCAGAUAAUCCAAUAGACGCACAGCUUGUUUUUAUACCGGACAGGGAAAGUAUAUUGCGUCCCGCGGAUGAAAUCUUUUACUAUGAUACUCCCUGGCUGCCCUAUGACGAAGACCUAAAUUUUUGCCAUGAGAUGGUUCCUCGUGCCGUGGUAUCAACGCUGGGGGUCAAAACCAAAAUUCACCAAACCCUUAAUAAAUUGAAAAUCUCCGGUCUGUCCAAGUGGGUCUUGCAAUUUGGUGCCAAGGAGCAGCUUACCACCCGUAUCAAGAACAUAAUAAAGGAGUACUCGUCAAAGAAAGAUAUUUUGAAGGAACUCAUUCAGAAUGCAGAUGAUUCGGAAGCUUCUGAAAUCCACUUUGUGUUGGACUGCAGAACUCAUCAGACACAAAGCACUUUCGGACCACAGUGGAAUCCGUUACAAGGUCCAGCUCUUUGCGUAUACAACAACAAGAAAUUUGAGGAUCAGGAUAUCGAAGGAAUUCAGCAGCUGGGAAUAGGAGGCAAAGAAGAACGAUUAGACAAAACUGGAAAGUUUGGGCUCGGCUUUAAUUCCGUAUACCACAUAACUGAUUGUCCAUCAUUUGUGACAGGUGACACCUCCUUCUGCGUCUUUGACCCUAAUCUCAUGUUUUUGGACACUGCAAAUGAUUCCAGUCCAGGCGGCAUGUUCGUUGUGAAUAAUAAAUUCAAGAUCACAUUUGGGGAUGUCUAUGAUACUUUCUUGCCUUCGUUUUUUAAACUGGAAGAGGGCACUCUAUUCCGUCUACCACUGAGGUCAGCAGACACGGUGUUGAGGUCUAAAAUCAGUGACCAAACUUCAUCACUGGAGGACAUUAAAAGUAUGUGCGAGGAACUACAGAAGGAUGCUGACAACAUGAUUCUGUUCUUGAGUAACAUUAGACAAAUAAGUUUUUCUGAAAUUACAACUGAUGGGCAAAUUAAAGAGAUCCUUUCAAUUCAAUCUAAAGUAAAUGACAGGGAUGAAGAAAUGUUGUCUUCUUUUCACCAAAAACUGUCCGAGUUGGCUGGGAACUCUGUGGAUUUGUCUCAGACCAUGCCAUCCCAAGUGUGUUACAGAGUGCAAAUAGCUAAAAAUUCAUCAAGUAGGGUAGCCAAUUGGCUUGUAGCCAAGCAGGUGGGUACAGAAAGCAUGGACACCCUAAAGAGAAUUUCUGGUCGUUUACAUCAAACAAUGAUUCCCCACGGUGCUGUAGCAGCCCAACUAGACCUUGAAAUUGAGGGUAGAGCUUUCUGCACCUUGCCUCUCCCUCUAGAAACUGGUCUCCCUGUACAUGUCAAUGCAAAUUUUAUUGUGGAUUCAGCAAGGAGAGGCAUCUGCAAAGAGGAUGGUGAUAGCCCAAAGACUGAGUGGAACGCGUUUUUGUUAUCAAACAUUGUAGCUCCACUUUACUGCAGCCUUCUGGAGAGCUUGUGCAAAAUAUUUGCAAAGCAUAAAAGGGAACCGCUCAUUUUUCAAAGUGUUGACUCCUGCUGUUUCUUGGAUAGAUACUUAAAAGACUUUCCAACUGUGACAAAAUCUGUGCCACCUCAGUGGCAAACUUUAGUUAAGGAAGUUUACUUAACUAUUUUCAAAAGGAAAGCACAAGUGAUUCCAAUUUACAAGGUGUAUGAAGUGAGAGAAAAGUAUGGAAGCAAAAAGAGAGUUUCCGUUGAGUGGUCAAGUAUUGGAAAACUCACCAUUGCAGAAGAGCCCAUCUUUCUAUCUGAAGCAGAUCAUAAAGACAUUGGUUAUAUACUCCAAAAUAUUAACAUGCAUUUAGCAUUUGGAGGGACAAUUAACUUUCUAUGCAAAGAACUGAAAGACGCUGGUGUACCUGUAUAUAAAUUGAGUCCUCAGACCUUGUGCGACUUCUUGAGGCAUUGUCAGCUACUUCCUCACGGACAAGUACUUCCUGCUCCUGUCUCCAUGUCUCUUCUUCGAAAUCUGGAAAGCUGCAAAGGGCUGUUGAAGUACUGCUUGAUAAACUGUCCAACAAAAAAAGCCAUUGAUGUGCAGGGAGUUCCUCUACUAGUGACUAUGGAUAAAAUGCUCCGCACCUUUGACAGAAAUGAUCCAAAAUUUUUAUUAAGAUUCUCUGAGCUUUUCCCAGAAGAAAGAAACCAGUUUGCUGAAUACAAUUACCCGCUUUUAAAGGAACAUGGCUUUUUGAAAUCCCUAACUAUUGCGAAUUCUGUCAUUUUUGUUAAGAACCACUUGGGGCCAUUGCAUGACUUGUCUUCUUCAAAUAGCAAGUGUGGCCUUACACUGUCCGAGGAGAAAGAAACCUGGCUAAAAAAACUAUGGGAAUUCUUUCAAAGCCAAAUAGACGAGCAACAGCAUGAUUCAAGGCAAGGACAUUUUGAGACUAUUGUUUCUGCUUACAAACACUGGGCAAUUGUGCCGGUAUGUUUUAAACAGAAACCAAAAAGUAUUAUUUCUUUUGCUCACACCAAAGAUGUGAUCUAUCCACGUGGCAGUGAUGUUGCUGAAUUUCUGCUUAAAUUGGGAUUCCCUAAAUUAGAAUUGUCCUUCUUUCCCUAUAACACCAUUGAUUUCUUGUUGCCUCAUCUGCUCGACCCAGAAAAUGUUGAGAAUGUUCUUGAACACCUGAGUUCAAGAAGUGAUGUUAACUGGGAGUUAAACCAAAACUGGGAUCUGGACAUUUUCCUGAUCAAGAUCUUAUCACAACUUCAAUCACAAAAAAAGCAGAAAAACAUAAACAAUCUUUAUUGUCUACCUUUGUUUGAAACCAGUGACGGCAAAAGACAAAGUCUGAAUGGAUUCCAAAAGAUUUUUGUUCUUGACUCUGAGUUCAGUUCAGAAUAUCUUAAGCUUUCAGAAAUCAGUUCGCAGACUGUGUUCCUUAAAAAUAGUUCCGUCAACAAACAAGCUGCCAAAUUAUUAAACAUUCCAAUAAUCGAUACACUUCAGUUGCUUACCGAAUUCCUUCUUCUUCAUGUGCAGCACCUCAGUGAAAAUCAGUUACUAGGAGUUCUAGAGUUGGUUUUGUCACUGCAGACCUCUCGAGAGUUCCAUAAUAAAAAAGAGGACAUUUACUCUUCUCUUAGACAUGUCAAACUGAUCAAAAGCAAGCGGGGAGCACUGGAACAGGUCUCCUACUUCUAUGACCAUUCUGUAAAACUCUUCUCUACAUUUGGCCUACAGGAAUAUUUUAUCCCGGAUGAUUUAUGGACAAAGUUUGAAAGGUUUAAACUAUACUUGGAAACUCUUUUGCUCGAACUUGGAAUAAAAAAAUCCCUUACAGAAGAUGAAGUCAUCAGAUUUGCAACCCAAGUAGAAAAAGAAUCAAAACGUAGGGUCCCCUCAGAAUCCCUGCCUAACAAAGCUAAACAGUUAUUUGAUUACUUGCUCUCUAUGAAUGUGGAUAAACUAAGUGCCAAUUUUCCCUCAGCGGUGGGAAAAAUUGCAUUUGUCAUGCCUUCAGAUGUAAAAGGAGAGUUGAAAGCUUUGCACCCUUCAUUUGUUGGGAAACACCUGACGGUAGCUCUCAAAGGAUCACUAAUGGAGAGGAACAACAGCCAAUAUUUGGUUUGGACAUCCAUGACUCUAAUAGACAAGUGUGUAACCGGGAAGAAAAAACAGGAGUUUUUGGAGAAGUGUGGGGUACAUCUUAAGCCGCCUGUUCAGAAGGUCAUCGAGAACGUGAAAAACAUUUGUGGUGCUCAAUGCGACAGAAAGCAUUUCAAUAGCCGGGCUCAUGUCUUAAAAUUAGCGUACACGUUUUUUCAGGACCACGUUGACGAAGUGGACAGCGAUUCCUUUGAAAACGUUCCAUUCAUUUUAGUAGACAAUGAUACCGUGCUUGCCGAAGCAAGACAAAUUGUAUUUAAUCUUCAAAAUUCCAGUUCCUUUCGGCCAUAUCUUUACAAAUUGCCUCCGUUGCUAGCAUGCUAUAGCAAUCUCUUCCAAAAGGUUGGAGUUCAGGCAGAGGCCUCUCUAAUCCACUUUACCAAGGUUCUUUCAGCAAUUUAUGAGGAGACGCUGGACAAAGAGUCUUUGCACGCUAAUCUCAUAAAAACUGUCUCCGAGACCAUGCAUCAGUUUUUUAAGCUCCUGGAAAAUGCAACUCCGAAAGAUCUUGAAAAGCUUGGGCCACUUUACCUCCCAGAUCUAAAAGGCAAACUCUAUGAGUCAUCUGACCUGAUUCUAAACGACUGUAGAUCUUAUAUGUCAUUGCUGAAACUGGGCAGUAUAUUUAGGUUCCUCUACACAGAUAUAGACCAAUACACAAUGAAACGUCUCCUCUCACUACUACCUGUGGCUAUUCGCCCAAAAUUGCUUUCUGAGAUAACAGAAGAGUCUAUCGAUAAUUUCAAGGAAUGUGAACUUGGUGAACACUGCGCAAUUAAAUUAAAUUUCACAGAACUUCUCAUCUCACCGAUAUUUUGUGAGGGUCUGGUUUGCCUCCUGUGCAAGCAGAGCAAUGGUAAAGUUACCCGGGAAGAAGCAGAAGAAACUUGCAGCGCUAUCUUUGGAAAAAUACAAAUCAAAUGCUGCUCCAUGUUACAAACGAGUCUCAUAUAUGAAAACUCCACUUUAAAGGGCACGACAUCCAAAAAAGCAGUUUGUGUAAGAUAUGUUGACAUGUGCUGUCAGAUUUAUCUUAAUCACAGUGACCUGGCCAAAAGCCGAAAGUUUGUGUGGGUGUUGCAUUCUCUUUCAAGCGAAAUUAAUAAACUGAUAGGAAAUGUGUUGAGGGAUAGUUCACUUGGCAUUAUUCUACAAAUGCUUGCCUGCUCUGAGCCUGGGGAGAUGCUUGAAGUGCUAAAAGAACAUGGCGUGUGGACCAAGAAGCUUGAAACCAAAAAUGCCUUCACUUUGCCAAAACCUGGAGAGAGCAUUCCCUGUGAAUGGCACGAUUGCUUGGACAUGAGUGUCCAAAACGCAUUCAUGGUCGGUGACUACGUGGGCUACAUGGUCCCUGGAGAAGAUGAGGCCUAUCUGUAUGCUAGAAUUGUUGAGGAACUGGAUGCCGACGUGUUCGGAACCUGCGAACUUCCUAGGUAUCGCAUAGACAUUGGUCAAGAAGAGAUGAUUGACGUCAGCGUGCUUGACUUAUAUCAUUUCAAAAGACUUUCAGGCAAUAAUUCGAAAGCUCUUGUCCCCCUUAACAACCCACCAACCCAAGAAUAUUCCGACAAAUGGUUUGAAAGCUCCGCGGACAAAAUUAAAGCGGAAAUUGACCUGCAGUUAAGCACAAUAUGGCAGCUACCUCAAGAUCAGAAGAUAAAGGCUAUAAGACGGCUUUACUUAAAGUACCACCCAGACAAAAACAUCGGCCAAGAGGUCCUCUCCACGGAGAUUUUUAAAUAUCUUCAGCAAAAAGUCAAAGAACUGGAAUCCGGUGGGAGAACAGGUAACCAUGCAACAGCCAACAAUCAUUCCGGUCAUUCCAGCUUUCAUGGAGGCUUUUCUGGAUGUUGGGGCAAGUGGGAUAGAGAGGCAUCCCACCACAGACAGAACCGCGAACGCUUUUCGAGGUCAACUAGAUGCGAUUACAAUUUCUGGGGCUAUCACACGGGAACCCAGCGGCCAAAACCUCAGGAGGCUGAAAGAUGGAUGAGGCAAGCGGAAUGUGACUUGAAAGCCACAGAAAAUGACGCCGGCCGGUGCACGGAAUGGGUGUUCUACAAGGUACACCAAGCUGUAGAGAAGGCGCUAUUUGCCGCACAGUAUAUCAAGAAAGGAAAAAUCGACAAGGAUGAGGACAUCCUCCAACUAGCGCGCCAGGUGGCCAAAUACAGUAGCGGCCUACACCAAAUUUACCCUACGGUGGCCAAAAUGAAAGCCCUCGGCGUAGACAACCGAGGCACUCAGUACCCCAGCUGCCACUCGCCGCCUAAAAUUCCCAAUGACAGCUUUGCAUCUGACAAAGAGGAGGAGGUCAUUACGUUGGCCGAGGACGUCUUACGGACAAUAACCGGCUAUGUACGCCUCUAAUGUGCUCAGAAGCC